AUGAACAUUGGCACCAGCAUGAACAUUGGCACCUUGCAAGCGAAACCUCUCUACCUCGGUCGUCGUCUGCUUGGCAAAGGAGGUUUUGGCAAAGUCUACGAAGUAGAGCAAGCUUCGGACAAAAAGCUUUUCGCUCUGAAGAUCGUCACGGUCAGCACCAAUGCCGAGCGACGAAAGAUUGCUGCUCAAGAAGCAGCACUUCACUCAAAAUUGGCACAUAGCAACGUCAUCGCUUUACUCGGGCACUGGGACCGAACGCUCAUUGCAUCUUCUUAUGGACCUAGGAAUUUAUGGGGACCUAGAAAUGUUUCUGGCUCAGAGGAACAAGGCUAG